AUGUUCUUGUUCGGCGGCGCCUCUGGGCGCGCCCGAAAAUCCAAGUCCCGAGAGCAGUUGACUGCUGGCGCAGCGCCUCUACAGCGCUCAUCAAGUCCCGAUCCCACAUCGCUCUACAUCACCGACGAAUCGCAGCUACAGCUCCAGCUCCAACCGCCCCUUCCAAGCGAGAUUUUAGAUCUGAACAGCAGCCUGGAGAUAUUGGCUGGGGUGUUUCCUGACGUGCAGAUUGAGGUCUUUCGCGAGAUGCUUUAUAGCUUUUCCGAGGAGUCAAGAGUCGCCGUAAUCGCCGAUGCGAUGCUCAAAAAUCCAUCAGCCUGGGUCAAGGGCCGGAGGAGGCUACGCAGCGAACCAGAGCCUGGGGAGGAAGAGCAGCGGGUUCCAAAGACCGAGACUUUUCGAGGCAAGGACUAUCAACAGGCGGUCCGCACCUUGGCCCAGACCGAGUUCAAGGGACUCUCACGGUCUUCGAUUGAAGCGGUACUUUCCGAAUCAAACUACUCUUACCUCGAUGCCCGGCCGACCUUGGUGGAGCUCUCGUCCAAGUCGUGGAAGUUUACCUUUCAGUCAAUCUUUUUCCGACGUAAGCCUGUGACGACGGGCGAGGCAGAGCAUCACCCCCUCGUCGUAUGGAAAUCCUCCGGCCAGGGGCACAUUUUACCGACCAUUCGAUCAACCGGCAACGCCGAGCUAGAUGGAGAGUUAUUCAAAGAACUCAUCAUCCCACUAAAGAGAACCGAAGCGGCCAUGAGAGAAGAAAAAGAUCAUGAGCUCGCUGCAAAGAUUCACAAUGAAGAAGCAGAAGCUUGCGAAGCUACAUAUGAGUGUGCUUGCUGCUAUGGAGAUGUCACAUUUGAGGAAAUCACCACAUGCAAUGUUAACGACCACAUGGUCUGCUUCCGAUGUGUUCAACACUCCAUAACAGAAGCCGUGUUUGGCCAAGGCUGGAUACGCAGUAUUGACAAGGCCACAGGGACACUUCGUUGCCCAGCAGUAUCUUCAGAAGAAUGUCCAGGUUGUAUCUCGGCUGAGCAUAUCCAUCGCGCCAUGCAAGGUCAAAAGAACGGCGCCGAAAUACUUCACAAGAUGGACCAGCGUCUCGCCGAGCACGAACUUAUUGCCAGCAAUAUUCCGCUCGUUCGGUGUCCAUUUUGCAGCUAUGCCGAAGUGGACGAACUGUUUAUACCAAUCAACAAGAGGCGGUUGAAGCUGCGCGCAAGUAACAUUCCCAACCUGGUCCUGAUACUGCUCUGCAUAGUACUGUCUCCGGUCUCGCUUCCUCUUGUGCUCCUCGUCAUGACUUGUAUCCUUUUUAUUUGUGCCACUGCAUUGCGCGGCACAUUGAGAAUGCAGUUUCGCGCUGCCAUUUCCCGUUAUCAGCGGCGUCGACUGGGCCUCAAAUUCAUCUGCCGCAACCCGUCCUGUGGUCGUUGCUCGUGCAUGUCGUGCUCAAAGGCGUGGACCGACAUUCACAUAUGCCACGAGUCCAGCCUCGUAGCGCUGCGCACGCAGGUAGAGCAGGCCAUGUCCAUGGCCAUUAAACGCGUCUGUCCGCGUUGCAAUACGAGCUUUGUCAAGAAUGCCGGCUGCAACAAGCUCACUUGUCCAUGUGGCUACAAGAUGUGCUAUGUCUGCCGCAAGGACAUUGGCUCCAGCACCGAGGGCUAUCAGCAUUUCUGCCAGCACUUCCGGCCCGAGGGCGACGGCAGCCGCUGCCAAGAAUGUGCAAAGUGCAAUCUGUGGGAGGCCGAAGAUACCGAGACCAUCUUGAGUGAGGCCCGUGCCGAAGCCGAAAAGCGCUGGAAGGAAACAGAGAGGAGAGAGCUCUCCGAGUCUGAAAAGGCUUUUCUCGAGACCGGCGUGGCCAGCAAGCGGGACGACGUUAUGACCAAACUGCUCUAUGGUCGCAGCAAGAUGCCCACCGUCGAGGAUAUUUGUGACGGCAUCAUUGAAACAUUAUUUGUCGUGGGGUCAUGA